AUGCCAUCGUCACUGGAUAUAUUCAUUCGAGCAGCUGCUACUCGACCAUCUCAAUGCACCAAAGAUACAUGUCCGGCAUCUUACUCUGUCUACGGCUAUGCACCCAAUCUCGGCGCCAAUGCUUUCUUCGUCGCUCUUUUCGCCAUUAGCUGUCUGGUCUUCUGCUAUCAAGCCCGGUUAUAUCGCAAAUGGCUUGGCUUCUCGAUUGCCAUGAUCCUAGGCACAGCGUUAGAAAGUGUUGGCUACGGAUCCCGCCUGAUCCUCUCCAACGACCCCUUUUCUCCCACUGGCUUCAAACUGAACAUCGUCCUUUUGACCUUCGCCCCGGCUUUUCUGACUGCCGGAAUAUACCUUCUUCUCAAACAGCUAACACUAUCUCUUCAACCAUGCCUUUCACCACUGAAGCCUUCUCUCUAUACACCAAUCUUCGUGUCAUGCGAUCUAUUAGCCAUCAUCCUGCAAGGCGCAGGCGGAGCCCUCUCAGCUGCCGCAGCCAAUGGUACGAACAAGAGGCUACUGGAUCUAGGCGUUGAUGUCAUGAUUGCAGGGCUCAGUAGCCAAGUAGUCACGCUAGCCAUCUUUGCGGUCCUAGCAGGUAUAUUCUUCCUCAGGAUGUCUGGAGCUAAGGAGAGAUUAUCACCCGCCGCCGGUCACCUGUGGCAAGCGACCAACUUUCGCUUGUUCAUUGGUUCUGCAAUCCUGGCUUUCACACUCAUCUUCAUCAGAUGCGCGUAUCGAAUUGCCGAACUCAAAGAUGGAUGGGGUAGUCCUAUCAUGAGAAGGGAGGACGAAUUCAUUGUGCUGGAUUCUGUUAUGAUUUCUGUAGCUGCAGUGCUGCUCAAUAUCUUCCAUCCUGGUAGAUGCUUUAAACGAAAUCUCAAGGAUACUGCAGUGGAUCUAUCAACGAUCGAUUACCGAGAGGUAGAUGAGGAAGUGAAUAUUGAUAUGCAGUCUAAAGCACAUGCUUGA